GAAGUGUCAGUAAAAUAGUGGGGGCCGGAAAGCAGAAGCCCCUAUUCUCAGCCUGGACCUAAAGACGGUGUUGCCAUGAUUCGCUUUAUUCUGAUCCAGAACCGGGCGGGCAAGACGCGCCUGGCCAAGUGGUACAUGCAGUUUGACGAUGACGAGAAGCAGAAGCUUAUCGAGGAGGUCCAUGCGGUUGUUACUGUGCGGGACGCGAAGCACACCAACUUUGUCGAGUUCCGCAACUUCAAAAUAAUCUACAGACGCUACGCGGGCCUCUACUUCUGCAUUUGUGUGGAUGUGAAUGACAAUAACCUGGCCUACUUGGAAGCCAUUCACAAUUUUGUGGAGGUUUUGAAUGAAUAUUUCCACAAUGUCUGUGAACUCGACCUCGUCUUCAACUUCUACAAGGUUUACACCGUGGUAGAUGAGAUGUUCUUAGCUGGCGAGAUCCGGGAGACCAGCCAAACAAAGGUCUUGAAGCAGCUCCUCAUGUUGCAGUCCCUAGAAUGAGAGGCGGAGAAAGGAAAUCCACGAGUCCCGGCCUCUCCUUGGCGAGAUCCGGUCUCUACCCCUCCCAAGCUCAUCUCUCUUCACCCAGUUCCCUGAAUCAGUGACUUGCAGAAAGCAAAAUUUUGUCCACUUUGUCGUUGGAGGCCGGGAGAAGCGUCUAAAAUCGGAAACCGGCCCGCGUCUCUAGGCCUGUUUUGCCUCUCUCCUCACAUGGAGAAGGUGCGGAGGAUGGAAAGUAGUCGAGGUGGGGUUGGCCUCUUUUUCUCACCGGGGAGGGGGGGGAGGGAAGGAGCUCCCACUGUCCCACUACUGACACCAUCCCAGCAAAAAAAAACCCUUUUCUGUACAACCGGUUCCCUGCCCCUAUCCGCUCCUCUUAACGUGUUGCGCCGCGUCCGUUGUGGAAGAGGGACCAUAACUCUGUGUGUGUGUUGUUGUGAGUGGUGGCGAAUGCUCGUGCUGCCAGUGAAGUGAUGUACUCGAAUAAAGC